AUGAGCAGUUGGCCUUGGGGAAAGAACAUUUCUUCCCGAGCAAAAUUGAAUUAAAGUUUGCUUUGCCACGGAAGGAGCCAAAGGGAGGCAGAGGACCUGUUUUAGGUGGCGGAGAGGAGUAUGGCGUCUCUUGUCGCUACCUGGCCAAGAUAUGAUGAUGACUCUUUGGAUGCCCAAGCAGUGCAAUAGGACAGGAGGACACCAUUAAAGCCCUCCAAACAGAUGUCCAUCCAGUAUCAAAGAAGGCAACUCCACCAGUCUCCAAAGCAGUGUCUUCCACCGUCGAACAGCACUUAUGGGCAUUGCCUGUUGCCUUGCUGGCUGCGUUACCCUUUUCCUGACAGUACAGAAAACUUUAUUCAGUUUGCGCUCGCUCCUUUCCAAGGGAGUUCGAAGAGCUCUGGUUUCCUUGCUGCCAGAGCAGGUUUUCCAUCUGUGUGGCUCGAUGCCACCGCUUCUUGCAAGCGCUCUGCACAGAACUAUAUAAGAAGAGACCCCGGCAGUUUGGAAACAUUCAGAACGGAUGCCAUUUGGACAAGAGUUUGGGGGGAAGACGCAAAGGACAGAAGGGUUAGGCUAUUUAUGGAACAAGAAAGGCUGAAAAGACCCUAAAUCCAGAGGUGAAGAGAGACAGAGGAAACAUUUGGAUGCAUUUUCAUCUGACUAGAGGCUUUCCUGCGCCGGAGAAAAGAAUGAGUUCGAUACAACGAUGGUGUUUGGCUGCCUUGCUUCUUCUCGAAGUGCCAUGCAUUUUUGGUGAGCCAGUCCUUAAGCAAUCCGUCCGUAGGAUCCAACCUGGAGAGAAACCUUAUGGUCUUUCCGUCAAACGUGGUUCAGACAGCCAUGGAACAUGGACCACAUGGUUCAACAUUGACCACCCUGGAGGCAAUGGGGAUUAUGAGCGCAUGGGCGCCAUCCGCUUCUACUACCGGGAGAGGGUCUGUCUGAAGCCCACCCGCAUUGAAGCCCGAACAACUGACUGGACCCCUGCCUCCAACACCGGCCAGGUGGUCCACUAUGAUGCCCAAGAGGGAUUCUGGUGUCUGAAUAAGGAGCAGCCAGAAGGGCAAAUGUGCUUGAAUUAUGCAGUGCGUUUCCUAUGUCCUGUAGGUUCCUUGCCACAGGACUCAAAAACACUAUGGUCUUCGUGGUCAAAGUGGAGCGAAUGCUCUGCGAAGUGUGACCAAACUGGUAUCCAGACUCGGACGAGGACCUGCCUGGCGGAAAGUCUCCGGGACCCACGCUGCGAAGAAGUCAGCGAAGAAGGAAGGCGAUGCUUGGGACCCCCUUGCUCAGUUUGCAACCUGACUUGCUCUAUGGGCCGUGUGAAUGCAGAGUGCGACGCUUGCAUGUGCGAGGAUCACUUACUCCGUGGCAAGGUCUCCCUUCAAGAUGGUGCCCCUGCAGUUGGUGCUGCCAUCUCCUUGCAAGCCAAGGUGACAAAGUUGUUAACGGUAACAGAUGACGACGGAGCCUUUCAAGUUCCUGGCGUCUGUCCUGAUGGAAAAACCAUUUUGGAGGUUAAAAAACCAAAAUACACAACGGCUUUGCUCACUGUGCCUGUGAAUUCUGGAAAUGCCUCGUUGGUCCACGUCCAUUUGAAAAGAUCAGAAAAGCCGUACAUGAUGACCCAUCCAGAAAGCAAAGCAAGAAGAGAAGGGCAAAGUGUUUCCUUCUGUUGCAAUGCUGUUGGAGACCCGGCACCUGAUCGAUAUUUUUGGUUCCACAAUGAAACCCUCCUGGAUCCAAGGUUGUACAAAUACAAGAACAACCUGGUGCUAAAGAACUUGAAGAUGGACCAUGCUGGGCUGUAUUCUUGCAAGACCAGCAGCGAAGCAGGGACUGUGAAGUCGCAAGUUGCCACGCUUUCCAUCAUAGAAAAAAAUGAAGCUCCCUGCAACCCACAGCCAGAGAGCUACCUCAUCCGACUGCCCCAUGACUGUUUCCAGAACUCAACCCGCUCCUUCUUCUAUGAUGUUGGGAGGUGUCCUCCUAAGACAUGUGCCGGGAUGUCUGACAAAGGUCUCCAUUGCAAGGACACCGUCGCUUACUGCUGUGGGGUCACCAAAAUGGAGACGCGGGAACUGGCUUGUGCUGGGUAUACCCUUCCCAUCAAAGCGACCGUGGAGUGUGGUUGUCAGAAGUGCACUGAGGCCAAAGUUGUGGUUCGAGGAAGGGCAGUGGCUUCGGACACAGAAGAGCCCAUGAGGUUUGGUCACAUAUACUUGGGGAACAACCGGGUGAGCAUGACAGGUUAUAAGGGGACCUUCUCAGUCCAGGUGCCACCAAACACAGACAGACUAGUGCUCACUUUUGUAGAUCGCUUGAACAAAUUUGUGAACACAACCAAAGUGCUGCCGUUCAACAAGGACGGCGGAGCCGUCUUUCACGAGGUCAAGAUGUUACGGAAGAAACCACCCGUCACACUAGAAUCCAAUGAGACCAGCACAAUCUCCUUAGGGGACAUGGAGGGAGAGGAUCCUAUAGCUGAACUGGAAAUCCCUCCCAAUACAUUUUACAGACAGAACGGAGAACCCUACAUAGGGAAAGUCAAAGCAAGUGUGACUUUCCUGGAUCCAAGAAACGUCUCCAGUGCAGCCAUGGCGCAAAGUGACCUGAAUUUUGUGAAUGAUGAGGGUGACAUGCUCCCACUGCGGACGUACGGUAUGUUUUCUAUGGACUUCACUGACGAAACGGCCACAGAGUCCCUCAAUGCAGGAAAAGUAAAAGUCCACCUGGACUCUGCCCAAGUCCAGAUGCCGGGACACCUGAAAGGCAUGAAGCUUUGGUCUCUAAAUCCCCAGACUGGCUUAUGGGAGGAAGAAGGGGACUUCCAACACGACCGGAGCAGGCGCAGCAAACGGGAGGAACGGACUUUCCUGGUGGGCAACAUGGAGAUAAGAGAAAGGAGGCUUUUCAACCUGGAUGUACCAGAGAGCAGGCGGUGUUACAUCAAGGUGCGUACUUAUAGGAGUGAGAGGUACCUGCCAAGUGAGCAAGUUGCAGGGGUGGUGGUUUCGGUCAUCAAUUUGGAACCAACUGCUGGAUAUUCUUCCAAUCCUAGAGCUUGGGGUCGCUUUGACAGCGGAGUCACCAGCUCCAACGGGGCUUGCGUACCAGCCUUCUGCGAUGCCCAAAACCCAGACGCCUACAGUGCUUAUGUCAUGGCAAGUCUUGGGGGAGAAGAACUUGAGGCUGUUGCUUCAUCUCCAAGGCUGAAUCCUUUUGCUGUUGGAGUCCCACAGCCCUACCUCAGCAAACUCAGGUAUCAGCGGACGGAUCAUUUCGAUCGUAAUGUGAAGAAAACCGCUUUCAGGAUCAGUGUGGCCAAGCCCACCCCGAAUGCCGCUGAAGAAAGCAACGGACCCAUUUACCCGUAUGAAAAACUCCAAGAAUGUGAAGCAUCUCCCUACACUGCUGCUCACUUCAGGUUUUAUAGGGUAGAAGGAGACCGCUAUGACUACAACACUGUUCCUUUCAACGAAGAUGACCCCAUCAACUGGACGGAAGACUACCUGGCCUGGUGGCCCAGGCCCAUGGAAUUUCGGGCGUGUUACGUGAAGGUGAAAAUAAAUGGGCCUCUGGAGGUCAACAUAAGGUCCCGCAACAUGGGUGGCACACACCCAAGGACCGUUGGCAAGCUCUACGGCAUCAGAGACGUGCGGAGCAUCCGUGACCUAGACUACCCCAACCUUUCAGCUGCAUGCCUGGAAUUCAAGUGCAGCGGCAUGUUGUAUGACCAGGAACGCAUCGACCGGACCUUGGUGAAAAUUAUCCCACAAGGAAACUGCUACAGGGAUAGCGUCAACAGCAUGUUGCACGAAUACUUAGUCAACCACCUUCCCGUUGCAGUUAAUAAUGACUCAAGCCAGUAUACCAUGUUGGCUCCCCUUGACCCGCUGGGUCACAACUAUGGCAUCUACACCGUUACGGACCAGGAUCCAAGGACAGCCAAGGAAAUCGCUCUGGGCAGAUGUUUUGAUGGAACGUCCGACAGCUCCUCAAGGAUAAUGAAGAGCAACGUUGGCGUGGCGCUCACUUUUAGCUGCCAAGAAAGUGAUGCACAGCGGCAAAACCUGUUCCAAGCUCUGCGAAACGUGCCCAGCCGGUAUCCAGUAAGUCCUCUAAGAAAGCGAAUAGGUGUACGAAGGCCAAGCCAAAGCCGUGGGGGCCUGAUCCGGGGGAAGAGCAACUCUUUGGUUAGAAUUCCACAAAAAGCCCAAUAAACUCCUAUCUGUCUUUUCCCACCUCUCCAUCUUGCAGUUUUGUGAGGAUCCCAAACUCCUUGCAAAUGCAUGCACACUUGUGCUGACAGUGGUGGCCAGUCCCUUCCGUGACUGCAUCUACACUGUAGAAAUAAUGCAGUUUGGCACUACAUAACUAUUAGCUUGCCUUUCUGCAAAUACUGUAAAAAGUUAGCAUAAAGAAUAGUUAAUGGAUAUGCAGUAUAAAGGAAUGUACAUAAAAUCUUUUUUUUUAGUGGUAAGAUCAGCUUUGCCAGCCCAGUUAGCAAACAGUAACCAAUAAAAAGCAAAGGAAGUGAUAUUUCACAUUGAAUUUAACUGUAAGAUUUGCACCUGA